GUUCAACACCAGCUCACUGUAACUUUACACGAGAAUUAUAGGAACUCCUCGCCUACAAUGCUAAGCUGGAUAGUUCCUGGAUAUCAAUUUUGACCACACCAUCCAUUUAUCCCUUCCAAUAUGCAUCCUUGAAUUCUAGGUCGCAUAUGGUUCCCCACUGGAUCUUGAUAUCGCAAUGCCCCCUCGGUGGCUGCUAUCAGCAGCUACAUCGUGUCUGCUACCGGCUCUCCUGCUAGGAAAUUUACCAUCUGCAUCGGCGGUAUUCGCGGACGAAGCCUACAAGAGCGAUUUUCACCUCUCUCUGAUCGGAUACCCUCGAAACCCCGACCUUACCUUCUUCCAAGCACCUUACUCCGGCUCCAAAGGCUCUCUUCUCUACACCGUCACCGACAAGAACGUUAUCGCUGCUGUGAACCCAAAGGACGGUUCCACAGUAUGGAGGCAACUGCUGGAGCAUAACUCUAGCUCGCCCACUGAAUCCUUUUUACGACCCGGCCCUGCGCAGGAUGUUGUUGUUUCGGGCAGCGGGCACAAGGUUGAGGCAUGGAGCGCGGCGGAUGGGAAGCAGGCCUGGAGGAAUGAUGUCAAAUCCGGCCAAGUCAGAGACGUAGAAGUUCUCCAGAUUGAAGAAGGAAAAGAGGGAGCCGAGAAAGAUGUGUUGGCGCUUGUGCAGGACGAGAAGACUUCGAUUCUUAAACGACUGAAUGGGAAGACAGGCGAGGUUGUCUGGGAAAGCCUGGACACGAGCGGCGACAUCCCAUUUCAGUUAUCCUCCUCCUUAACCACCAUUUUUGUCGUGUCAUACACAUCGACCCUGAUUGGAGGGAACGUCAAGGUCAAGGUUGCAUCCUACGAUCCCCAGACCGGCCGAAACAUCGACAAGCAGACGCUCAGCACGGAAAUCGACAUCUCCCAUCCGGAAAACAUCUUCGUCGGCGCAAACUCUGCGGCGCCGGUUAUCGUGUGGGCUGAUACAUCGUCCAAGACUUUGAAAGUGAACGUUCUAGGCAGCAAAUCGAUCAGUUCAUUCAGCAUCGACAGUCCGACCGGUGAGGAAAUUCGAGACGUCAGCGUACAUGCGCCUCACCAGCCUAAUGCGCUACCACAUUUUCUUGUGCAUUAUCAGACCGGUAAAACCCAUUGGGCGGAGGUCUUCCAUAUCAACGUCAAGAAAGGCAAGGUCACGAAAGCAUACGACCUUCCCAAACUCUCUGGUACGGGCGCUUUCUCAGUAAGCACCAUCGAUGCAAAUGUUUACUUUACAAGAGUUACGGAUGAUGAGAUCAUCAUCGUCUCAUCUGCAUCGCAUGGUAUCCUUUCUCGAUGGCCGAAGAAGCCGGUGGUUCCAGCCACCCAAAGGCUUGUUCUGCCACAUGCGGUCCAGGCAUCCUCCGAGGUUGUGGCGAAGCCGGGCAAUACAUUUGCCGUGCGCUCCGUUGUGCUCUACUCUGAUGGCGACUGGAAGUUGGUCAAGAAUGGAGAGGAAGAUUGGAUCAGGCCGGAAGCACUUGCAUAUGCGGAUGAAGCGGUCUUUGUGGAUCCCCCAGAAGAUCUCAGCCUUGCCUUGAAUCUAGAAGUCGAGGGGCAUGAAAACGUUGUGAAGGGCUUUUUCCACCGUGCCAAGAGGCAUCUACAUGACCUACAAUCCUUGCCCGCAAGGCUCGAACAGCUUCCACAGCUGGUCCUCGGAUCCUUCUUUAAAAAAAGCGAGAGCAUCCUCGUGCGCGGUAAACGAUAUGGGUUUGACAAGAUCCUUGCGAUUGCAACCACAGAAGGCCGGCUUCUCGGACUCGACUUUGCGGAAGGAGGCAAGGUGAUGUGGAACAUUAACCUGAAAGCUCUGGAUCCUAAUGAGCAGUGGUCGCCAGUGAAGCUCGACACAGCUGUGGCGGGGACGAUUACUGUUCAAGGCUAUCAGUCGAAGAAGGUCCUCGAAUUCAACGCAACGACUGGACUGCCCCUUACCCCGGAGCAACUCGUCAACCGCGUCGCGGUUGCGACGCCGGAGACUCCGGCUCGACUAUCCGUGUACUACGAUUUUUCGGAGAUCAACAAUGUGGUUCAAGGUUAUCAAAGCCCAGAUGGCAUCGAACGGCAAGAGCUGUGGACAUUCCAGCCGCCGCCUGGCGAGCGCAUCAUCGUGGUCACGAGUCGAGCUGCACACGACCCCGUCGCAUCCAUCGGAAGGGUUCUUGGAGAUCGGAGAGUCCUUUACAAGUAUUUGAAUCCCAAUCUGGUCCUGAUCACCAGCGUGUCCGAAGCAUCUGGCAAAGCGACAUUCACGGUUCUGGACGGCGUUUCGUCCAAUGUGUUGCACACGUCCACCCAUGUUGGUGUUGACACAUCUCAACCGAUCCCAGCUAUUCUCUCGGAGAACUGGCUCGCUUACUCAUUUACUCUGAACACCUCGUCCUCCGCAGCAUCGGCUAAAGGAUCCAGUCUUACGUUCACCGAAUUCUACGAGUCAUCGAUCCCCGAUGACCGAGGCCCCCUUGGCGCGUCGGAUGAAGUGUCAUCAGUUGGAAAGAAUGACCUAUCCCUCCCACACGUUGUCUCUGCAAGUUAUCUCAUCCCGCACCCCCUCUCCUACCUCACAACGACUUCGACGCUUCAGGGCAUCACCACGCGCUCUUUGUUAGGCAUCACUCACUCAUCGGACUACCCGACCACCUUAUACUCGCUUCCUACCAAUGCUCUGUCUGCCCGACGACCCGUCGGACGAGACCCAACACCUCAGGAGGCAAUGGAAGGGCUAUCGAGGUAUGCUCCUGUCUUCGACCUGGCACCGCCCUGGGCGAUCAACCACAAGAGGGAGAUCUGGGGCCUGAAGAAGGUGAUUAGCAGCCCUAGCGGGUUGGAGAGCACGAGCUUGGUGUUCGCGUGGGGAUUGGAUCUGUUUGGAACGGUUACGGCGCCGAGUGGGACGUUCGAUAUGCUUGGGGGAGGGUUUGAUAAGAUCCAGAUGCUGAUUACUGUGGCGGGAUUGUGGGCGGGUGUGUUGGGCGUGGCACCAUUUGUUCGGCGCAAGCAGAUUAAUACUCCGUGGCAGAUGUCUUGAUUAUUCUCCACGCUCUAGUCGACGAGAAUAUGUACAGUAUGCGAUGCUAGACACUUGCGAGAGGCAUCCGAUUACUUUGGAGGCUUUUGGGCCGCCGAAU